AAUUAGUAAUUACAAAUUAAUUUAAAAUUCACUUCGUACCAAUGCGGAAGUGAAUUGCAAAUCAACACAAAAUGGAUGCAAAUAAUUUCGGUGGAAAAUUAAAAAGGAUUGCUGGCACGGCAGGAACUGUCUUUAACAGAGCAGUUCAGUUCACAGAGGAAAAGCUUGGAUCAGCAGAAAAGACGGAGCUUGAUGCACAUUUUGAAAACCUCCUGAAUAGGUCUGAGAAGACAAGAAUAUGGACAGAGAGAACACUCAAACAAACAGAGGCUCUUUUACAGCCAAAUCCAAAUAUACGGAUGGAAGAAAUGUUUUAUGAAAAACUUGAUAAAAGAAAGCGAGACAGAAAUAAUGUUUAUGAAUCACUUGGGGGAGUUAUGGUGGAUGCUGGGAAUGAAUUUGGCCCUGGAACUGCUUAUGGGAAUGCUCUAGUCAAGUGCGGGCAGACACAAAUACUGAUGGGAAAUGCAUAUCGAGAGUUUGUUCAAGCGUCUGCUAAUAACUUCCUUCAACCAUUACAAAACUUCCUUGAGGGAGACAUGAAAACUAUUAUGAAAGAGAAGAAAAUAUUAGAAACUAAAAGGUUGGACUUGGACUCGUGUAAAAGUCGGCUCCGAAAAGCUAAACAGGUUGCAUCACAAACUCAGAGUGGUCAAAUGCCCGCUAAUAAUCCAUAUGCCAAGAUGGAGGACGAUGUUAUUGCAAAAGCAGAAGCAGAUUUACGUCAGGCACAGUCGGACUUUGAUAGACAAGCUGAAAUCACUAAACUUUUUUCUUUGGGAAAGGGAAAACAAAACACACAUGCUCACCAUCUUCGGUGUUUGAAUGACUUCAUUGAAGCUCAGAUGACAUUCCACUCUCAGAGUCAGCAAUAUAUGUCUGAUUUACAAAAACAACUUGGCAGGUAUGUUCCGGGUUCAGGGGCUGGUUCCAAUCCCAAUAACCUGGGUUUGAGCUCUGGCAAUAACUCCACUUUGACUCCCUCUGCCCCUCCCGCUAUACAAGUCACAGCUUCUACACCUGCCACCGAAAAAAAGCAAGCACGAGUCCUAUAUGAUUAUGAUGCUGCAGAUUCUUCUGAAUUAUCUUUAUUAGCGGACGAGCUAAUCACAGUUUACAGACUGCCAAACAUGGAACCUGAUUGGCUAAUAGCAGAAAGAGGUUCACAAAAGGGAAAAGUUCCUACUACAUAUUUAGAAGUUUUAGAAUGAGGGUAGUUUAGUUUUAGGGAAAUUUAGUCAUUUUUUUGUAGAUAUGAAAUAAUGAAUUUUAAAUGAUAAUAUGUUAAAAUGGUGAAUAAAUUCCAAUGGAAGAGGAAAUUGUAUGACAUUUGAACAUUUAACACCUUAAACAAAGAAUGAUUACAAAGGUAGCCUUUAAGGUUGAUAUAUUCGUUAGACAGGGUUCUGUUUUUGCACCAGAAUCAUUUUCUUUUGUUACUAUGUCUUGUGUAUUAUAUUUAUGUUUAUAUUUGAUAAAUUUCUUUGGUGUUAAUAAAAAAAUGUGUCAUAGAAACUGUUAUUUGCAUUAGUGACAGCUUAGUGUUGUGUAAAAGUGAAA